AUGGACCCGAUCCGUCACGAAGAAUCGGAGAGGAUGCCGAUGACGUUGGUACCGAACAGGCCUCUCCCCGAAGCAAGCUUCGAUGCCUUUGACGUAAAAGCAGUAGUGUUGGGAUACUACAGUACACUGCUGUGUACCCGACCUGGAUCGGGAGAAGCGUUCGCUUUUCGUUCCGAUCGGUCGCGACGAUCCAUCCGUUCCCAACAUUGCUCGUGGACGCAUCCUCCCGAAGUCUUUCGAUCCCCGUCCUUGUAUUUAAAGGAUCAGCGAGACGAUGAGGAAGACGACAAUCAACGGAAACCAUCCAACGCCACACCAGAACCCGUCAACGACGUUCUUUCCCGAUUUACCGCUCCCCGAAUCGACGACCCAUUCCUACCCUUAUCCGACGUCCUCGUCGCGCAAAUCAUCGCUCCGAGUCUACAGAUCGCCUGGUUGAGUCUCAAUCACGCACCGUCACCUUCCUGGCUCCAACCCAUAUUCGCCACCUCCACACUCUACAGCAGUCGCGGGAGUCUGAUCGCUCCCACACUCAUUCACGGCGCCGCACUGGCCUCGUGUUGGAUCGUGGGAGCCCUGGCGGCCCGCGCCUACCAACAAGACGCGAUCGCGGCCGACGCCGACGGUAAACUGGGCACCGUGCUCGCGCGAGUCGUACAGGCCGGGGCCUUUGCCACGGGAAUACUGAUCCUGGCCACCCAAACGGAUCUCUUUCUCGAAUACGGACGCUGGGUUCAAGUCGGCGAAACGGAAGAAAUUGAUUUUCGACUCCUCGUGGCACUGGUGGAACUCAGUAACGACGUUUUUUUCGAAGCGACCACUAUGGUUACCUGGAGACUGUAUCUGGCCUGGCAAAGCGUGCGGCGGCAGCGAUAG